CUUAUGAUUUAUGUGUUUGUAUAUCAUCUUCUGUGAGACCUUGGCCCUUGUUUCCAACUAAUUACGGGGAGUUUAUCGUUUUGUCUAUCUCUGGAUAACAGCACACUUCAUCCACAAAAUUAGUGCGGAAAGAGGACCAAGAUGGCCGCAAAGGAAUCACAAGAAACACCAUGCUUAAUAGAACCAGGAAAAGAGAGCACACAAAUGGUGGUCACUAAACGGGAUCAAUGGGCCAGAAAAAUGGAGUUUCUCAUGUGUGCUAUAAGUGGUGCCGUCGGUACUGGAAACAUUUGGAGGUUUCCGUAUCUGUGCUACAAAAAUGGCGGAGGUGCGUUCCUGGUGCCCUACCUGGUAUUCCUGUUGUUGAUCGGACUGCCGAUGUUUAUCAUGGAGAUUGGCUUAGGACAGUACAUGCAGAAAGCUGGAUUUGAAUUGUGGAAUAUAUGUCCCUUAUUCAAAGGCAUUGGUGUCGCAGCCAUGUGAAUUACGUUCAUCAUGAACAUUUAUUACGUCAUGGUGCUGAUUUGGAGCGCCUUUUACUUCGUGAUGAGUCUGACGUCAGAACUACCCUGGGCUACUUGUGAUAACGAAUGGAACACUCCAAUGUGUGUCACAGAAGCAACUCAUAAUUCCACAACUAUGAACUUAACAAUUGAUUCAACAGUGGAGUUUUGGAGAUACCGGACCCUCCAGAUGUCGGACGGUAUGGAAUCGCCCGGCAGCAUUGUAAAGGAACUGGCUAUAUGUUCAUUGUUUGUGUGGAUAGUAUUGUAUCUGUGUGUCUGUAGGGGAAUCAGAAUCACCGGAAAGAUAAUGUAUGUGACAUCACUCUUUCCUUACGUAAUACUGACAAUCCUACUCGUACGUGGAGUCACCCUCGACGGAGCUACAGAUGGCAUCCGAUUUUACCUGGAGCCAAAUUUCAGUUAUCUUAAGAACUACCAGGUAUGGAUCGACGCUGGAACACAGAUUUUGUUUUCCUUGGGCUUAACAUUCGGUGCUAUGCCAAUGAUCGGCUCUUACAACAAAGAGCACAAUAACUUCUAUCGAGACUGCUUCUUCAUUGCCGGCAUCAACAGUCUGACUAGUAUAUACGGAGGACUAGCAGUAUUUUCAAUCCUCGGGUUUAUGGCAAAAACCCAAGGGUUACCGAUAUCCGCAGUAGCUGAUGCAGGCCCUGGACUGGCUUUCAUUACCUACCCUAAAGCUGUCACACAGAUGCCGGUAGCUCCAUUUUGGUCGAGUCUGUUCUUCUUGAUGCUCUUUGUCGUCGGCUUUGGGACUGAAGUUGUUGGUAUCGAGACUCUAAUUACUCCUAUAGUGGACCUAUACCCCAAGAGACUGAGGACAAUGAAGGGAAAGAUGCUUUCUCUACGGCGUGUAUUGUGUCGUGUCGUAUCUGCUCGGCUUUGUCUUCCUUACAAAGGGCGGGAUAUACGUGUUCAGCCUUGUGGAUUACUACGGCGCUAGUGGCAUGCUGCUUGUGUGGCAGCUGAUGUGGGAGGCCAUAGCUGUAGGCUGGAUAAUAGGAGCGGACUUUUUCUACAAUGCUAUGGAGUAUAUGCUGGGAUAUAGAGUCGGUCCGUGGCUCAAAAUUUCCUGGAGAUACCUUACUCCGACCUUAAGUAUGAUUCUGCUGAUCUUACAAGGACUGAAUUUUAACCUGUUGUCUGGAACCGAUGGCUAUGAGUAUCCUGAUGGGGCGCACGUAUUUGGGAUAAUCCUAGGGCUAGUACCAAUAUUUAUAUUGGUCGGUGUAGCAAUAGGACAGAUACUGCGAACACCCGGUACUUUCAUACAGAGACUGAAGACAUCAACAACCCCUUUGGGUCAAAAUCUACAGCAAGCCUCCUACAUAAGCGAUAGAUUUACACAAAGCAUCAAGUUUCAGAACAGCCCUGGACCAAAACAACUGAUAGACUACUGACUGUGUGUAAUUACCAGUUCGUGAUUAAUAUUCAAAACAUAAAACAGAUUAGGAGAUAUUGGAGAGUAAAAGGCGACACCACGAAAAUUACAUUUAAAAGGAAAAUUGGAAAUUGCAAAA